CAUGGCUUCCGAGUGUAAAUCUUGCGAAAAUCUCGUGGAUCAUAUUAAGGAAGAGAUGUUUCACAUUGAGGAGCUAAGAAGUGAAAUUGAACAACUUGAACAAUAUAUUCGGAAUCUUCAAAUCAACUUUGAGAAAAUUCAAACUGAAAAUGAAAUUUUGAAGACACAGUUGGAAGAAAAAGAAACGGAAGCUGAGGAAAGUCAACGACUUCUUGAUGUAAUCCAUAAAGAUCGUGAUGAAUGUAUUGAAGAAAAAAUGAAAGUUUCAAGAUUUUAUCGAAAUGAAAUCAAGAAGGUUAUAGAAGAAAAUGAAGCUCUACGCAAAGAAAACAAUAAUUUAAAAGAUACAUAUAACAAUGAAAAUAUCGCAAAGAUCGGGAAAAAUUUGGAUAAAUUACAAGAAGUUAAGACAGACAUUUGCAAAAAUAAAAUCAAAUUGAAAGAGGUUGACAGUAUCACAACGAAUGCAUCCGUAACUAUAAAAAAUCAGAAGAUUGAAUUAUGUGAAAUGGAGAAGAAUGAGGAUGAACUGUUUGAAACCUUCGAGUAUAUCGAGAUAGACCAGUAGCAUGGAAUUCAAAGUUAUUCGUUUUGAAUUGCUAAAUUCAAUUUUUUUAUUCAAUUGUUAUCAGAAGCUGUAUAAAUUAAAGAAUUUAU